AUGAAGCAAGUCGAAAAUGGCAUGAAAAUUAAUCAUCAUCAAAUCGAAGAAUAUCAGCAAUUGAGAUGUCGUAUCGAGGAACUUCCCCACAAAUUGUCUCGCGAAAUUUUGGUCCCGUUUGGGUCCGUAGGCUACAUGAAGGGUCGAAUUGUACAAACUAAUAAACUAAUGGUAUCUCUUGGAAGCAAGUAUUUCGUCGAGUGUUCUUGUUACGAGGCCAAUCAAGUGAUCGAUCGUCGUAUCCAAAAACUUGAGGAAAAUCUCGAAUGUUUUGAACGUGAAAAGGAAAUGAUUCAAUCGCGAAUUGAUUUUGGUGAAAAAAUUUUCAACCGAGAAACUGACGAAGUUGAGAUAAGAGAACCGUAUGAUGAACAAAAAGAACUUGAAUUCAAGAUGAAAAGGAAUCGACGAAAAAAGGUACCUGCCAUUCCAGAGCAUUUUUUGGGAACUUCUGAUGAGGAAUUUGUUGUGGUAGCGGAAAAUGUGGAUAGGUUAGAAUGUGAAGAGAACAAAAAGGAAGAAUCCUUAUCAGUUGAUCACGAAAGAGAACUGCAGCAACUAGUCAUCGAUGAGGAACCGGGAAAGUUCGGCGUUCCACCCAAGGGCAUUGAUGAAAAGGAGUAUGCUUUAUUAAUGGAGAAAUUAAAUAGGAUAGAGCGUGAAGAGAACCAAGAAAACGAACUGUAUUCAGAAGAUAACGAAAGUGUUCUUGAUUCGGACGAUUUACCAGAAUGGGAAGUUGAUGAACGCCUUCAGGAGAGCACAACGGGUAAAGCAAGUACUUCAGCAGUGAUCGUGAAGAAUAAUGAAGUGAAAAGUAAAGGAAAAACUGUAUCAAAAGAGGGUGGUGAUGAAACUUGUAGCAGCAACUCUGGAGCGACGAUUUUUGGCGGCCAAUUGAAUUCUCCUUCAACACCUAACGAAAUGGACAACGUCUCACCGCCUCUGUUUGCUGAUGUUAAAACGAGAAGAUUUGACUAUGAAAAGAAGAAGGCAAAACGCACACAACAUUCAGUUCGAUUUAGUAAUGAACUUGAAUGUGCUUCUGAAGAUGUCGCCAUUUGUCAUAAGGAUGAAUCAGAUAAACGCUCAGAAGAGGAUUCGAAACAGUCGAUCGAAAUGACAGAGAAAGUUGAAGAUGAGCCAAAACCUAUAAGAAACGAUGAGCCACGCUUCUCAACAUCAUUACCUCGUCGAUCAAUUUUGCGUAACAGUUCUGAACGUUCUCCCAUCAACGCAAAAGCAGUUGCGGAAGCUGAAUGCAGAGAUCACCGGCCAGUGGUUGCUACAUCACCAGAGGUGUUCACGGGUGUUGUUUGCGAACGGUUGAAUCCAAAUGCGUCAACAAGCUCGUCCAAGACAAUUACGGCUGUUCGGCAACAAGAGGCAAGGCAAGAACAGAUCAGCGCUCAGUCGAACUGUGAACCAAGCAAGCGAAUUUCACGUUUCAAGAUGUAUCGUGCUCAACUAGAUCGACCAAAUCGUUGA